AUUAUUAACUGUAAGUUUAAUGCAACUCUGUAUUUUGAUUGAUUUGUUUCAGGAUUCAGCUUAUACGGAAGAAGGAGAUGGCAUGUGGUCGAGGGGGGACAGUCGUGGUGGCUCCCCUCAGAGCCCCACCAGCUGCUGGUCUAUGGAUGUUCGAUCUGCUGACGGUCCCUACAUAAGUUUUUUGAGGGCUAUUACAGAUGAAGUUCUUCGGAAAGGAAUAUUUACCAACAAGGCCUUGAAAAAGCUUUUCCGAGAGCACAUAGAGAAAAAUAUCCAUAGACUCGAUUUGAAAAGAAUGGAGGACGAGGUUGAAAAGCUGCAGAAUGAACUUGGCAUUCCAAAAGAAGAUAAUAUGAAUGAAACUGAUUUCGGUCUCGGCAGUGUAAAUCCUGAGUGGUUCGACUCUUCUAAAGAGAGUAAUUCAUCCAGCAAGGAUAAUGUUGCCGUAACCGAGUCACUCGAGCAACUCGUGCUCACAUCUGAGAAGGAAACCAGCGAAGAUCAAGAAGACGAAACGAGUGGCACAAAGAAACACCAGUCAUCGGAGAGCAGAGCGAAGAGCAGCGAUCACAGUGCAAACGUGUCUGCUAAGAAAUCACUCAAAGACAAUGACAACGACAGUAGCAUAGGUUGUGAAAUAAUGAGUGACUAUUCGGGCAGUGGAGAUGGUAAAUCAAGCUAGUCAAUAGUCGAUUCAAAGUUCAAACUAGUCAUAGUCAACAAAUUAAUUUGCUGACAAAAACGUUCAAUUACACGGAUUACAAGGUUGUAGUAUUAGCGCCCCUUGUUCUAACAGGGAAACGUCUUUCAUAUUGUUGAAAUAAUGAGAAAUUAUCAAUUACUAGAGUAGAAAUUGGAGAUGGAUUAAUUAUUUAUGGAAAAGUUAAGAGAAUAAGUGUAAACUGUGAUCAUAAAUGUUGUAUUUUGAAUGGUGUGAGUUCAAUCCGAUGUGCUUUAAUUUUAUCAUUUUUGAUGUUUGAUUAAAAAUAUAUUUCAUUUGAGAA